AUGUCGCAUCAACCUAUGAGCAUGGAGGCCAUGCUGGACGAGGAGAGAAGGGACGUUUUGGCCCUUCUCGAGGGUACCGCCAGUAGAUCAUCCGCCUGGAAUCCAACCUCCCCCAUCUCCGCACGCUCUUCCUCGCCUUACACCUCACCCCGCUCUCCCGUGAGAAGCAUGUUGGAUGUCGGCGACGAUACGGGGAGAAUGAGCCCGGCCAGGACGCACGCCGUGCCCGUGCGCAGCAUGCUGGAUAUUGGCGGCCCUCCACCUCCCGUGAGAAGCAUGCUUGAUAUCGAUACAUCGGCCCCCAAGCAAGCUGCCAGCGCUGGCCCCAGCUCCCCCGUCGAAUCCCGCGCCCCUCACCCACGAACCUUCUCCGACUCCCACUCCCAGAAGCCUAGCUUCGGCCCGCGCGCCCUCCCAAACCGCCUGGACCCCACUGCCGAUUACCAGUUCUCCGAUAUUUCUACCAACAACAUUGGCCAGGCUUUGCCGAAGCGCAACACCCAAGGCGGCAAGGGACCCGGCGUCAAGAAGCCGGGUGGCGUCAUGGCUGAUGUCAUCCGCGGCAACGAAAUCCCCGGCAUCAUACUUCCCGGCGAGAGAGCACGCCAUGGCUCCAUUGCUAGCAAUCCCUCCAUCAACCUCGGCGGUAGGAGUUCAAGCCGAGGACAAGGCAGCAAGUCCAAGUCUCCCCAUGGCCGGCUGAGCAUGCGCUCCCACUCGCCAAACAUCAGCGGUCGCUUACAGCAGAUCCCCGGCACGGCUGUUCUCGACGACGGCCGCGUAGUGGACAUCACAACGGCCUACCGCAAAUUAUCCGAUGCGAACCUCGCGUUCUCGGGUGGCGGUCUUUCGGGCUUGGCUGGUCGCAAGAAGACGAGCGCAGACGAAAGCGGUGUCGGCCGUUUGACGAAAGACUACCUCAGUCCUGACGGGGAAGAGCUAGAGGACAGCAGCGACGACGAUGCGCGCAGCUCUUCGGACGAGGAGAACCAGAGAGGACGUAAGAUGUCGCCUCGGCCUUCAGAGAGCGGAGCAAAGCAUUCCGAGACAAGCAAAGGCAACGGUAAGACACUGAGUCUGCUUGCCGCCGCCGAGGAAGAGCGCAUUGCAGUCACUUCCAAGCAACCGCAGUAUAAGUACAAGUCAUUGUUGGACGAACCGUCUAUUACACUCACCAAACCCACCGGCGAUAAGACCAAGCACAAGGCUGGCGUCCGCCCUACCACGGCGUUCGACAACGAGCCUGGUUCGGGAAUGGCUUCUGCCGUGAACUCGGAUGACGAGGAGGAGCUGAACGACAUCAAGCGCGCCCAGAGACUGGCGUUCUCUCGGACAGAGGUCCUCAACAAUCCAGAGUUCUCCCGCACUCUCCUCAUCACAAUGCGUGGCGAGUUCCAUCAGAUCCAGAAAGCAGCCGAAGAGGAGCAUCACAGGCUGAGAAAGUACCUGGUGGCCACGGACUUGAGCGAGGAGUCGACACAUGCACUGGAAUGGACCAUUGGGACAGUCCUGCGAGAUGGCGACACUCUUAUUUGCAUCUACUGCGUGGACGAAGAGACGGGCAUCUACUCGACUGAGGGUGUCAUGGUUCCUGAUGAACGCGCGGCCCACCAGGAACAAGCCGCGGCCAUCAAUGCCAUGUCGAGCAACAAGGCGGCACCGCCAGGCAUGACGAAUGGCCCGUCAUACCCUCAUCUCCUGCGAGCCUCAGGUUUGAACUCGAGCGAUUCGUCAUCACCAGCGCCGUCGAGUAGAGAGCGCGGUCGAGCUGAGGAAGAGCGCCGCCGUGCAGUGUACGACAUCCAGGAGCGGGUAGAGCGCUUGCUGCGACGAACGCGUCUGCAAGUGCGGGUUAUUGUAGAGGUCAUACACUGCAAGAACCCGAAGCACCUGAUCACGGAGGUGAUUGACCAUGUCAGCCCGACAUUGGUGAUUCUGGGCAGCCGUGGCCGCAGUGCCCUCAAAGGUGUCAUUCUUGGGUCCUUCUCGAACUACCUCGUCACCAAGAGUUCGGUCCCCGUCAUGGUGGCUCGGAAGCGGCUCCGUAACAAGAGCAAGUACAAGAGAGGUGUCAUAAGGCAGAUCAACGACUUGAACAACCCCGGAGCCAGGAGUCUCGCCAACGCGAAGAUCGACUAG